AUGCCCACACAAAGUAUGGAAAGGAAUAAAGAGAUAAAUCAAAACGGAACAGAUAAGGGAAGGAGGGAUGACAAAGACGAUGGUACGGAUGAGAAAGCAAAUUUUAAAAAGAAUACCAAGAGCACGUAUGUGAAAAUACUCGAUCCUGUGAAAAAGGAGGUAAUAAUUUCUUCGGACAUAUUACAGUUGAAUAGAAGUAAAAACGCUAGAGAGACAGAUGAAGAGGAUGGUGGUAACCACGUUGAUAAUGGCAGAAACAAAGUUUUUUAUGCUUCAUCUAACAAAGAAAAAGAUAAAAUGAAUGUUAACAUUACAAGUAAAGGACCUAUAAAAGUGGUAUAUGAUACUAGCUUUAAUAAAGAUAAUCAGACAGACGACCAUGAGAAAGAGGAAAUAAGAAAAAAAAAGAAAAAAAAAAAAGGGAACAGAAGCAGAUGUAGAGGAGGAACAGGAAGAAGUAGAGUAAACCAGAUAAAGUUUUUUAGAUUACAGAAUUAUAUAUACAAAAUAUUUACAUCAAUAUUGUGUGUUCUAAUUGUUGUUUUAAUACUUUAUGCUUCUAUAGAUAUAUCAUCUAAUUACGGACCCAUAAUAAUUUUGUACAUAAUAUUUUUAGAAUUUGGUAGUAUGCUAAUAUCAUAUAUUUUAUUGCAAUUUCCUUUUUUUUAUCGAAUUAUAAAAAAUAUAUUUACCCGAGCUAGAAAUGUAAACAAAUAUUCACAUCAGUACAGACCAUUAUACUAUGAUAGUCCUACGAACAGUGAUGAUAGAGAUUCAAUUAGCAUAGAACGAGGAAAAAAAAAAAAAAGAAAUACGUUUUCCUUUUUCAAUUUAAAUAUGAAUAACAAAAGAUAUAGUCUUAAAACUAUUUUUACAGCACAUAAAUCUAACAAGUUUUUGCAAAAAAUAGCCGAACAAGAACAGAAGGAGGAUGGGUACCAAGAGGGGGUGAACAUGAACCAUGGAAAAGGUAACACCACUCUCCGUCCUUUUGCUCAGAACACAUCUAGGAAGAGAAAUGAAGAAGGAGAAAGCGGCAUUGUAUUUACGGAUGGAUAUAUCAGUAGAGAUGCCCCACUAAAUGGUACUAUAACCAAGCGCAUGACUGAUCAUAUGAGAGCCCGAGUAAACGCGCGCGCAAGGGAUCGAGGCAGUGCUCAUGCACCGAGUGGUGGUAACUACAAAAGGCAGAGCAUAUAUCUGGACGACUGUAACAUGUGGAUGAAUAACGAUUUGAAAAAGGCUAAUAAGAGGAGAAAUUUGAAUUUGACAAGGUCACUAAGUUUUAACAUCCGAGUGAACGAAAGCAACGAUAUGAUGAUGAAAGACUCGGCUAGUCUAGAUAAUAUAAAGAUAUUAUUAGGACAUAGAUCUAGUAAAUUUAUGAGAAAUAAAAAUAAAAUAAAAUCGAUCAAGUCUUCUAUUUAUAAGAAAUAUGUGCCAUUAACCUUUGCUACAUCAUAUAAGGAUAACAAGUUGGCACAAUUUUUAAAAGCUCAUUCAGCAGAGAUAAGGUCGUCCAGUUCAAGUGAUUACUCAAGUUCGAGUGAUGAUGAGGAUGAAACUGGUGGAAGAGGAGCCAAAUCGUACAAGAAGAUACAAAUUUACAAAGCAGUAGAGAACAGAAAAAAAAGUGUGGAAGAAAAUUUCAUACAGAAGAACAUAGAAUUAUAUGAUAAAAAUGAAACCCAGAAAAAUUUAUAUGCAGCUAAAAGUGCAUUAUUAUAUAAUAAUAAGAAAAAAAAAAGAAAAAAAAAAUUCUAUGAAUUAGCAAGAGGGAAAACAAAUCUUCUACGUAAAGUUACUUGUUACAAUAAUAUAAAAAGGAUGUUUUAUUUUUUUAUUAAUUAUAAUAUGAAAUCAUCUAAAUCAUCAAAUAAUUUAUUUCUCUUCUUUAGAGAUGUGUCUUUAUAUAUAAAACAUAGGUUUAUACAUUAUAUGUCAUAUGAACCUGUAUGGAUUAUUGCUAUAUUAAUAAGAAUUGUUUUGUGGUGUAUUAUAUGGUUAUGGGCAGCUAGCUAUAUGGAAAGAGAACCAAAAAAUUAUCAGAUAACUGAAUGGAAGAUGAAAAACGUUCCAUCCAUAUAUGGUUAUAUAGAAUGUACAUUCCAGUGGUGUGGUGUAUUUGAUUAUUUAUUUGGUUUAUAUUUUUCCAAUAAUAAAUUGAAGUAUAUUUUUUCUUUUUUUUCUUUGAUUGAUUUUAUUACUACUCCUAUAUCUUCAUUUAUUAUGAAUUUCUUCUGUCAUAAUAAUUAUAAUCAGAAUUAUUGGUUUCUAAUAUUAGGCCCUCUUCGAUUUUUAAGAUUAGUACGAGCUGAGAGUACCAUAAGUUCAUGCUUUUUUUGGUUAAGUGAUGUAAAAAUUAUAAUCAUAGGUAUAAUCAUUUUAGCUUUGGCCAUUUUGUUUACCUUUUCAGGAAUUAUGUAUAUACUAGAAGCACCAGAUAUAGAAAGAGAUUUUGUAACUCCUCUAGAUUUCGUAUAUUUCGGGGUUAUAACCAUGUCUACUGUAGGGUACGGUGAUUAUACACCUGUCACAGCAGCAGGUAAGAACUUAACGAUGUUUAUAAUUAUUAUAUGUAUAAGUUUUGUUGGAGCACAAUUUAAAAGAUUAAAAGAAACGAUGUUUAGCCCUAAGACAGUUAUGGGUAUAAUACCUAAACAAGAUGAUGACUACAUUUUGAUACUAGGACCAGUCAGUCCAACUCAGUUGUUAUAUAUAUGCAAAGGUAUAAAUAAUAGUUUUCCAAAUUCAGUGGAAUCUAUAUUUAUAUUUACACCUUUACCAGUUAUAAUAUAUCGAUAUGUAUAUGGAAGUAUUGUAAAAAAUACGAAUAUAAAGGUAUGUAUUAAUGGAGGAAAUGAAUGUUUCAUCUGUCCAAGUAUUAUCUACGAUGCUGUUAUUAAUGCUAGAGCUUUGUACAUACUGAAUAAUGUAGAUUCGGAAAAAUAUACAUUACUAUAUCAACAAAUAUUUUUAGCUAGUAAUAAUCUUAACUUUAGUAAUCAUAACCCAAACCAAAGGAUAAAUCCAGAUGAUAUUUUGCACAAUAAAAUUAUGAAUAAAUGCUCUAGAGAAAAAACGAAAAAGUGGAAAUAUACAGACAUAUUAUCAGAUUAUAAAAAUGAAAUAAAUAAAAACAAUAUGCUUAAUCUAGAAAUGAAUAUUAAUAUAAAUGAUUCUUAUUUUGUUAGAGAAAAAGAUGAUCAAGAAUGUCUUUUACGAUUUAUUGGAGCAUAUAACAUAUGCAACACUGUCAUACCGACUACUUUGCAGCUGUCUAAUAAUACUUAUGAAAAUCUCAUUAAAUCAAUGAAUGUGUACAAUUAUCUGAGUAUGGAAGAAUUAAAAUAUGCUCUACUAGCGAAAAGUAUUAAUUGUAAAGGUCUUUUCUUUCUUAUUAUUAAUUUUUUUUAUAAACCUAAAGCAGUGAAAAGUUUGAAGAAAUACAUAAUCGAUCUGAAGCUACUAAUGUAUAACCGCAUUUUGAAAAGAAAGAACAGGAAAAAAAUGAAAAAUGGGGAAAUUAAAAUAAACAAAUUUAGUGAAAUUUCAUCUUCAAGUUCUGAGGAGGGUAUGUAUGUCGAUAUCGUUUCUCUAUUGAAGCAAAACCAAAGGGCGGGUAACUCCCAACAAGAAAUCGACCAUUCUGAGGAGCAGGGCCGAUCUAACACAUGGCGUCAAAAUGUUAGCGGCAGUAAAGUUGGACAAGAUAGUAAUAAGCAUAACAUGAAUAGCACAAAAAGGAGCAAUAACGUGGAGAGGCACAACGACAACUACGAGUCUAAUAGCAGUGAACUAGAGAAUGGAAGGAGGAACAAUAAUGUAGUGAUCAAUAAAAGUAUAGAUACAAACAAGAAUGAUAUGUUCUUCUUAAAUUCCAUGGAAGAUAUGAGUGCAUCGCAAAAUUUGACAUAUAAGAGUUAUGGCAAUAUGCUAGAGAAAGUUAGCUUAAACAUGUACUACUACUUAGAAGGAUUGAAGUAUAAUAUAUAUAGAUUCCAAUUUCCAGAAUGUAUGAGAGGUUUUUUAUUUCAAACCGCAUCUGAAUAUUUCUAUCAGAAGUAUAGUGCUUUUCUAAUUGGUAUUAUAACUAUGAAUAAAGAGAUAUUUCUUAACCCAGUGGAUUAUAUCAUAGGAGAAGAAAACAAAUACUACUAUACGUCAGCCUUUUCAGGAAUAAUAUUAACAACUAGUUUGGACAACUUAAUAAAACUGUCUUCUAUCAAAUCCAUUUCAAAGAAAGUCUAUGAAUAUAACGAUAGGAGAAUCAGCGAAAAGUUUAAGGCCGUGAGAAAGGUGGGAAGGAAUGGGGCCGGCGCAAAUGGAACUCCUAGUAACAAUAGAACGCCUAGUAACAAUGGAACUCCUAGUAACAAUGGAACUCCUAGUAACAAUGGGGCUCCUAGUAACAGUGGAGCUUCCAUCGGAAAGGAUGGAAGGAGCAAAAUGGAUAACGAAGUAGAUAUGAAGAAUGAGAUAAGCAAGAACGACGAAAGUUUAGCUGAUAUUUCCAACUACUCAAGUAGCAUGUCCACAAAUAGUGACAUCGAUAAUACGAAUAGUGAUGAUGAGGAUACAAAUGAAAGCAGUAACGAUACUGAUAACUCUGGAAUUGAAAAAGCUGCAAAAAAUUCAAAUUUACUGUAUAAUUUUUUUUUAGGUGUAUAUGAAGUAGAUAAUUACAUAUCUGCAUAUAGAGAUAUUUUCACAGAGAAGAGUAAACCACUGUUACUAGUGUGCGGUUGGCCGGAUAAUAUUCACAUACUCUUUAAACAUUUAAAAAUUAAUUUGUAUGGUUCGGUCAAUUCGAAAGGGAAGGGAACAAACAGGAAGAGCAGAAGGAAGGGAGAAAUGAAGAGGGAAGAAACACACCAAGGGAAGCGCGAAAGGAACGAUCGGAACCAAAGGAGGAGCAUAAAGUAUAACAUUAUCAUAUUAUCGUUACAUGUUCCUAAGUUUAACUACGAAAAUGACCUUUUCUAUUUUUCAAACAAUAUUGCGUUUAUUAGAGGAUCGGCCAUGAAUAGCACAAAUUUGAUACAAGCAGGUAUAUUUUAUGCUAAGAGAAUAAUUAUACUGAACGCUAAUCACAGCUUGUUCAUCGAUAAAGAUGCGUACAGAAUAGACAAUGAAGUAAUUAUUAUAAAGAAUAUGGUGUAUCAGUUAUAUAGUAAUAUAUUUAAAAAUAGGAAUAAUUAUAUGGAAUUAAUAAAAAGAAUAUUUAAGAAAGAAUAUCGAGAUGAAAAUAUUAAUGAGAAAAUUUUUGCACACGAAAUUCCACAGAAUAUAAAAGAAUUAAUGAAAGUUGACACAUGCUGUUCAUCAUCGAAUUAUGAUUCAUCUAAUAGUGGAUAUAUACUUAAAAAAAAAGAAAAAAAAAAUUUUAACAUUUUUAGUGUUAAUAAAAACCCAUAUUUAAUUUGUUUAAUUAAAAAUUCUGAAAGUUUAGAAUAUAUUGAUGGAAGUAUUAAUUUAUCUUAUGAAAAUUAUAACGAUAAUGAAAAAAUGAACAAAAUAUGGGAAAACUGUGGUGAGUAUAUAUACACAUUUGAACUUGUAUCGGCAAAUAUAUUCGUGGAUGAAAUGCUACACAAUUUAGUUUGUUUCUCAUUACCAAUAAGUAAAUAUGCAAUUGAAUACUCAGUAAUUUAUUCACUUAUUGGAAUUAAUAUUAAUGAAUAUUCCAAAAAUGCCAAAACGUUUCAUAAAAAUUUAAAACUUAGUACAGGGCAUGUGUUUCUUAUUCCAAUUCCAUCUUACUUUUAUAAAAAAAGCUUUUAUAAAUGCUUCUCCUACUUCUUGCAUAACAAGCAGUGUUUGUGUAUUGGAAUUUUACGGCAUAUGGACAUUUCUCCCCUGUGCAGCAAAUCCAGGAAACUAUUCCUCCUUUCCUGUCCCGCGCGCACCAUGAAAAUUGAGCGUUAUGACCAGGCUUACGUAAUUGCGUACAACAUGAGAUAA